AUGGUUUCUGCAUGACAAUUGUCAGUGAACCUGCCGUCGGUAGGAGGCCGAAUAGAGAAGAGCCUCCUGGAAGGAGGGAUUCCGCCCCCUCGGGGUAGGGGGCCGAGCGGUGGGGGCAGGUCAUUGCCAAGAGAAAGGCAGUCCUAUGGUGCUGUUCUCGAUGUGCACCUGUUCCUGCGGGAUAUUCGCCGGCAGCCGCCCUCCCCAGCCGCAGGUAUCUACACUACCUCACUGCUAACUGCUAACUGUAUCUGCUAUUGUAUCUUCUGCAUCGCUUCCUGGUGUCGGCGGGGGACCUCUGUCCGUCCUCCGGUGGCUUCCGCGUUUACCCUCUAG